GCGUUGGAUGAAAGCAAACAGAUAGCCGAGCAGGAUGUAACACACCUAACCGAAGUCAACAAGCGACUGAAAAAGCAACUAAAGGAGCAAUUCGAUGCAUUUCGCCCACAGAUGGAUCCAACCACUGGCACUAUCACAAGCACCUCCACACACUCCCCCUCGCUGCGUAUCCAUAGCAACGGCUCCGGGCCAGGGAGUACGCGUACGAAUGCUCGGCCCAUCAGCAGCCCGCGCUCGCACUCGUCCUUAUCGGGGAGUGCGUUCAAGCCAGAUAUACUCAGUCCUGUUAUCGGGUUUAACCGGACAGGUGGUGCAGCAGAGGCGGUAGGUACUGCUACACAGGCCAGUGCGCAGAACUCAGCGUCUGGUUGGCAGACAACGGCAACAGCUCAGUUUGGGGGAACGCAUUCGAGUUUGAAACGAACACUCUCACAGAACAGCACGGGUACUACACAGUCACAGUCGACG